GCCAACAUCAAGUAGAAGCUGAUGAUCUAGAAUGGAUAAAAUGCAGAGGAACUUUCUGCAUGUCUAUGACUGAUAUCCUGUCCGGUAAGGACAUUGAUGCUGCCCUGAAGAGAGUGGAGGCUCCCGGCUCAUUCGAUUACAAGGGCUUCUUCAAGACAGUUGGUCUUAUUGGCAAAUAUGGUGAUCAGGCCAAGAAGGUUUUUGAAAUUCUUGAUAGAAACACCGAUGGAUACAUUGAGGAAGAUGAACUUGGACUCAUCCUGCAGAACUUUCGUGAAAAAGCCAGACGUUUGACUGCAGAAGAAACCAAUACAUUCAUGAAAGAUGCUAACACUAAUGGAGAUGGCAAAAUUUCAGAAGAUGAAUUCCUAGCUCUACUAAAAAAAAUAAAAAGCUAAAGACCAAUGGUAACUUCUCCAAUGGCUCACUUCUUCACUCUUUUCACUGCUACAUGAAUAGACUCCCAAAAGACAAGAUCUAAGGCUGAAAUUUUAAAACCAACAGACACCUCAUCCAUAGCUGGGACUUAUUUGUCAUACUGUCUCAUGACAUUGGAAAAUGCCUUUUUGUUAUCUGUUUUUGAGACUAUUGAAAUAUCUAACAAUGGGGGUCAUUCCGAGUUGUUCGCUCGCUAGCAGAUUUUAGCAGCCUUGCACACCCUAGGCCACCGCCCUCUGGGAGUGUAUCUUAGCUUAGCAGAAUAGCGAACGAAAGAGUCGCAGAACUGCGAAUUGAAAAUUCUUAGCAGUUUCUGAGUAGCUCCAGACCUACUCACAGAUUGCGAUCAGCUCAGGCUGUUUCGUUCCUGGUUUGACAUCACAAACACGCCCUGCGUUCGGCCAGCCACUCCCCCAUUUCUCCAGGCACUCCUGUGUUUUAUCCUGACACGCCUGCGUUUUUCCGACACUCCCAGAAAACGGCCAGUUUCCACCCAGAAACACCCACUUCCUGUCAAUCACACUCCGAUCACUUCAACGAUGAAAAUUCUUCGUUUGGACGUGAGUAAAUCUACUAAGUUUUGUGCUAAAAUACUAACCGCAUGCGCACUGCGUACAAUGCGCAUGCGCAUUUUUGCCUUAAUCGCUCCGUUGCGAAAAUCGGCAAUGAGCGAACAACUCGGAAUGACCCCCAAUGUACAGUAUUCUGGCAUUCAAUGUCUAAUGUGUUUUUCGAUGGAGCUUAUUGAUCUUUACUAAUAACAGUAUUGAAGUUGAU